UCUCACUAUUCGUACGACUUGUUUUCUUGCUUGCGCUGAGCUAUAUCUUUCACAUCAAAUUUGUCAAAAUUAGGGUUUGCAGUUUUUGAUUCGCUCUCAAAGUCUGAAACAUCAUGGGUGGUGGUAAUGCCCAGAAAUCUAAGAUGGCUCGCGAGAGAAACGCGGAGAAGAACAAGGGUGCUAAAGGUAGCCAACUUGAUACAAAUAAGAAAGCUAUGAGUAUCCAGUGCAAGGUAUGUAUGCAGACGUUCAUGUGCACUACAACAGAGGUGAAAUGUCGUGAACACGCUGAAGCAAAGCAUCCAAAGCAGGACGUCUAUGCAUGUUUUCCUCACCUCAAGAACUGACCCUUUAUUUUCUAAUGGUUAAUCAAGAUUGUUUAAGUUGACUGAAUGCGGUUCAUCCUUUAUCAUGCUAAACCUGUGUAUUUUGUAUCAAAUUGCAGCAUAAAUCCUGAGUUACAUUUUCAUAUGGCUUGGAGGGGAUGUGCUUAAUGUGAACUUUGUGCUUAAAAUAUGUCGAUGGAAUCAGAAUUUGUGUGAAAUAUAUUUUUGAUUUAUUCUUUU